AUGUGCUUAAAGAGGGUAAUUGAGAAUUGGGAUGCUCUCAAGCAGCUGUUCAGGGAAGCCAGUGAAUCCCUCCCAGAAGACCAAGAUUGCAAAGAACGCAGGCUUUUCAAGUUCUAUCGAUCACCUACAAACAAGCUUCUUUGCCCUUUCCUUGUCCACACCAUGAAGAUAUUCGAUAAUGCAAACAAGCGUCUUCAGCAGCAAGCUCCCCUUAUCCACGAGCUGAGACAAGAUUUGAACAAGCUAGUGCGAGAUUUGCUACUUAGAUACAAGAUGCCAGAAGCCAUACGGCAUGUAGCUAUUGAAAACAUGAACGUGACAACGGAACUGGGGCAGAGGCAAGAUGCAGACCUCUUCAUCGGGGAAGAAGCACGGAACUUCAUUGCUGAUAAAGACAAUAAUGGUCUCCGAGGCCAUCGUAUCAAAGACUUCUUCUCUGGUGUCCGCAAGUUCUUCAUCGCUGCCUGCAGUUACCUGAAGGAAAAGCUACCCCUUCAGGAACCACUCCUAAAGCACGCUGAGGUUGCUGACACCAAAAAGAGGAUAAAUGGUGCACAAGCGGCUGACCUCGGAUAUUUCUUGGAUACAUUCCCAGCAUUGAUACCAGAAGGUGUCUCAAGAGAGACAGUGGAGCUUGAGUUCGCCGAGUAUCAAUCGGAGAGUGAGAUCCCAGUGGCUGAAGGCAUUGAUGACAUAGACAAGAAAUGGGUUCAAAUCGGAAAGAUGGAGGAUGGAGGUGGUGUGCCGAUGUUCAAGAACCUGGCCCAUGUCAUCUUGGGUAUUCUGACGAUACCCCAUUCGAAUGCACAAUGUGAACGUGUAUUUUCAUCAGUUCGCCAGAAUAAAACCUGGAAUAGGAGCAGCAUGGUUCUGAAACAACUGAAUCACUCAUAUUGA